ACACCCAAUAUGCUUGUGAAUUUCUUGGUGGAGAAAAAUACUAUCUCUUAUCUUGGAUGUGGCAUCCAGCUUGGUUCAGCUGUUUUCUUUGGGUCAGCUGAGUGUCUCCUUCUGGCUGCCAUGGCCUAUGAUCGCUUUGUGGCAAUCUGCAACCCACUGCUGUAUUCCAACAAAAUGUCUACACAAGUCUGUGUGCAGUUAAUAGUAGUAGCUUACAUUGGAGUAUAUUUGAUGCUUCUUCCUUCACUAUUUCAUUCUUUAUUCUUCUGUGGACCAAAUCAAGUGAAUCAUUUCUUCUGUGAUUUUGCUCCUUUAAUUGAACUCUCAUGUUCUGAUGCCAGUAUUCCUGCAGUGAUCACUUCAUUUACUGCUGGUUCUAUCAGUGUGGUUACAGGAUUUAUCAUAGCUAUCUCUUAUAUCUACAUCCUUAUUACCAUCCUUAAGAUGAACUCCACUGAGGGGCGCCAGAAAGUCUUUUCCACCUGCACCUCCCACCUCACAGCAGUCACUCUAUUCUAUGGGACCAUUACAUUCAUUUAUGUGAUGCCGAAGUCCAGUUACUCAAUUGACCAGAAUAAGGUGGCUUCUGUGUUCUACAUGGUGGUGAUUCCCAUGCUGAACCCCCUCAUCUACAGCCUCAGGAACAAUGAGAUUAAAGGGGCUCUGAAGAGAUAG